CUCUACCGGAAGUGCGUAUAGCCGCCUGACAGGCAGUUGCCGGGAGAGGCCGAAAGAAGCGGACAUGCGACUCACGUCUCUUUUGCGGGCGCCGCUCCGAGGCUGGCGGGAGCGGUUCGACUACGGCGGCAGGGAUGUGGCCCACUGGUUCCCCGGGCACAUGGCGAGAGGGCUGAAGGAUAUGCAGAAACGCCUGCGAGUGGUCGACUGUUUACUGGAGGUUCACGAUGCCCGCAUCCCACUCUCAGGCCGGAACCCUCAGUUGCAGGAGGCCUUAGGUAUCCGCCCACACUUAUUAUUGUUGAACAAAAUGGAUCUGGCAGACCUAACCCACAAACAGAGGAUUCUAGAAUGUUUGGAACAGCAAGGUUUUAGGAACGUCCUCUUCACGGAUUGCCUGAAAGAUGAAAAUAUCCAAAAGAUUAUUCCCCAUGUCACAGAACUGAUCAGCAACAGUCCGCGGUACCAGAGGGAUGAGAACGUGGAGAGCUGCAUCAUGGUCAUUGGAGUGCCAAAUGUGGGGAAAUCAUCAGUCAUCAAUUCGCUGAGAAGGGUGCACCUCAGAAAAGGGAAAGCCUCCUUGGUUGGUGGGACACCGGGCGUUACCAGAGCAGUUCUCACCAGAAUCCAGGUGAGCGAAAGGCCCAUCAUGUUCUUGCUGGAUACUCCUGGAGUGCUGUCUCCCCAGAUUGGGUGUGUGGAAACAGGACUGAAGUUAGCACUCUGUGGAGCGAUCAAGGAUCACCUGGUGGGCGAGGAUGUCAUUGCCGAUUACCUUCUUUACACACUGAACCAGCGGCAGCAAUUCAGUUACGUAGAACGUUACGGGCUGGAUGGUCCUUCGGAUAACGUGGAGAGCGUACUUAAGAGCAUUGCUCUGAGCCUGGGCAAGACUCAAAAAAUCAAAGUACUGACUGGCACAGGAAAUGUGACCGUGAAGGCACCAAACUACAACGCAGCAGCGUCUGAGUUUAUCCAGACUUUCCGCAAGGGACUCCUGGGGAAAGUCAUGCUUGACUAAGGGCAGCGGUUUCCUAGGCGGUGCUGAAGUUUUCUCCUGGGUCGUUCUGGAGGAUUCUACCUGGGACAGCAGUGUGCCAUCCUUAAGCCUGGAGCCACUGGCAGGUUGACCUCCUUUGUGGAUGCAGUUGCAGAGCCCCAAGAUGAGGAUGGAGCAGGCAGCAGUGGCCCUAACUGGCUACGUUUCUCCCUCUUUUCUGUACGUCUUCCCUCGCUGCCCCACAUGCCGUUCCUUCUCCAGGUUGCAGCAGCUGGACGAGUUUUUUAUUUUGAGAGAGAGAGGAAGGCCUUUCUUCAGAAGCUGAUCGAAAGGAACCUGUUACAGGUUGCGGUGUCUGUGCGAACAGUUUGUCAGCAAGUUGCACGUGCAAUAAGCUAACUGAUGACCCUGAGUACCCUUGGGAUUAUUACUUCCGGGGGGCUUUUCACUGCUGCUUGCUGCUUUCCCUGUGCCAGUAUGGGGUAGGCAAUGAUUCUCAGCUUGUCUCUGCUUUCUAAGCAAUAACACGAGAGUGCUGCCGUUCCACUUUCAUUUUAAAAAGUGAUGUAGAUUAUGUUGAUUUUUAACUUGUUUGAACUAUGUAUGUAAGCUGUCUCCAAAUGGUGGCUAACAGUGGUUUUAGUAAAUGAUUUUUAAAGAAAUAGUUCCAGUUCAAAGGAGUUAUUUCUGCCUCCUGCUGCCUUACUCUCGGCGAAGACUGCACCUCGCCUUUGUUGCCUCCUGCCUGCUCUUACAAUAUAUUAUUAAUAUGUGAUUUGGCCAUGUUUUGGGACAGAUCUAUUGUACAAAGUUGAUCUGAUGCAAAGGGACAUUUUACUUAGGCUGGAAAAAUUGGCCAUAAUUCGGAAGUGACCGAGCUGGUUAACUUCUUCCCUGGGCAGUUGGUUUGCUUUGCUGUCUCCAGCUUCUUUGCUUUUCUGCUCUCGUCCUCCUUGCUGGAAUUUUGUUGACUUCUCUGCUUUAUUAAGGGCCGAUGUGGAUGAGAAAGGAAUCUCAACUAUUUAUUCCCCCAGUCUAGCAUGCAAGGAUUUUCCAUUGUAAUGGCUGGGGGCUGCCCUGAUGGCACGUACUGUCGAAAUAAGAUGGAAGCAUUCAAAAGCAACGCUUGGAAGCAAUAGCGUUGGGACAGAUGGGAGGAGAUGUUUUAAGGAUGUAGCAGUUCACUUGUGAGGCAACAUGAGGAUUGCUUCCUUGUUGGAUUUAAUAGAAGAGCAGCCAAGAGUUGAAACUAAAUUUUGAAGAUGCUCAGGUAGCGAAAAACUGAUCUAUUCUUAUCUAACAGUUUUUAUAUCAAACGUCUGAGACAUUUAUCAGGCGCAGAUCCUGGUAUUGCCUCCCUAAUGUAUUUCACUGUAUUUAGAAUAAAUUAUGCAGGUGUACAGGUAAUCUGGCAAAUAACACGGUAAAUUGUCCGAAUUAUUCUCGUCAUCUGCAGUGCUCUGUGAUUUGCUUCGUUGCUGUAAAAAUACCUACACAGCUCGUUGCUCUUAAAAUACAAGAUUUCAAAAGGAA